UCCAUUUUACUGCAGGUGGCAAUAGUCUUAACUGACUGAUUUUGUUGGUUAUAGGACUCAUGUUUUUAAGAGUUUCUAUAAAAUUAACAUUCUUUUUGUAAAAAACAAACAAUGCAAGUGCAUAGCCUAGUUUCAUCAAAUCCUCAAUUAGUGAUACUUCAAUAUACACACGCAGAGAGUAAAUUUUCCUCUCCAGCAAGAGAUGCUCACCACGUCCCUUCAUUUUUCAUUAAACAUACGUGUACUUUGCAGUUCGCUGCUUUUAUUUUUGCUGUCAUUGAAGAGGGGAUGGAUUUUAAAAUUACUGGCCACAUUUCCCUUUAGAGAAGCCCACACGUGCCAACCCUGCCUUUACUGGAGCCUUAGCAGCAGCGCUGCAUGUUCUAACUUAGGCAACAUUGGGUCAUCUGUUUAUUGUCAGCUUGGCGGUCAGAAGAAAGGGCGGCGGUUGCCGAGGCAACCGACACCCCGGGCAACGGCAAGUGGGCGGGAGGGGGCGUGGCCACGACGGGCAAGCGACGACAGGAGGAGGCGUCCGCCGCGGCGUUGCGAGCACCGCCAGUCUGCGCGGCCGGGCGUAGGCGGGGUGGCCCCAGCGUCUCCGGCAGCUUUGAAAAACCAGGGCGGGCGAGCGCGGCUGAGGGCUUGGCCGCUGACUUUCCCCACACUCCCGGCCGAGGAGCCUCGCUCCGCGCCCAAUAUGGCGGGUGGGCGCUGCAGCUCGCAGCUAACGGCGCUCCUGGCUGCCUGGGUCGCCGCGGCGACGGCUACGGCAGGCCCCGAUCAGGCCGCGCUGCCGGCAGAGCAGAGCCGGGUCCAGCCCAUGACCGCUUCCAACUGGACGCUGGUGAUGGAGGGCGAGUGGAUGCUGAAAUUUUAUGCCCCAUGGUGUCCAUCCUGCCAGCAGACUGAUUCAGAAUGGGAGGCUUUUGCAAAGAAUGGUGAAAUACUUCAGAUCAGUGUGGGGAAGGUAGAUGUCAUUCAAGAGCCAGGUUUGAGUGGCCGCUUCUUUGUCACCACUCUCCCAGCAUUUUUUCAUGCAAAGGAUGGGAUAUUCCGCCGUUAUCGUGGCCCAGGAAUCUUCGAAGACCUGCAGAAUUAUAUCUUAGAGAAGAAAUGGCAAUCAGUUGAGCCUCUAACCGGCUGGAAAUCCCCGGCUUCUCUAACGAUGUCUGGAAUGGCUGGUCUUUUUAGCAUCUCUGGCAAAAUAUGGCAUCUUCACAACUAUUUCACAGUGACCCUUGGAAUUCCUGCUUGGUGUUCUUACAUCUUUUUCGUCGUAGCCACCUUGGUUUUUGGCCUUUUCAUGGGUCUGGUCUUGGUGGUAAUAUCAGAAUGUUUCUAUGUGCCAUUUCCAAGGCAUUUAUCUGAGCAUUCUGAGCAGAAUCAGAGGUCAGAGGAGGCUCAUAGGGCUGGACAGUUGCAGGAUGCAGAGGACGACAAAGAUGAUUCAAAUGAAGAAGAAAACAAAGACAGCCUUGUAGAUGAUGAGGAAGAGAAAGAGGACCUUGGCGAUGAGGAUGAAGCCGAGGAAGAAGAGGAGGAGGACAACCUGGCUGCUGGUGUGGAUGAAGACAGAAGUGAGGCCAAUGACCAGGGGCCUCCAGGAGAGGACAGUGCGACCCAGGAGGAACUAGAGCCUGAGGAGACUGAAGAAGCCAUCUCUGAGCAGCCCUGCCCAGCUGACACAGAGGUGGUGGAAGACUCCUUGAGGCAGCGUAAAAGUCAGCAUGCUGAUAAGGGACUGUAGAUUUAAUGAUGUGUUUUCAAGAAUACAGACCAAAACAAUGUCAGCUUCCCUCUGGCCUGCAGUUUGAACCAAAUCCUUAAUUUCUCCCGAAUGAGCAAGCUUCUCUCUUAAAAGAUGCUCUCUAGUCAUUUGGUCUCAUGGCAGUAAGCCUCACUUAUACUAAGAAGAGUCAGGUGUGACAAUCAGGAUAUAGAAAAACAAACGUAGUGUUGGGAUCUGUUUGGGGGCUGGGAUGGGAACAAGUUCAUUUACUUGGUGGCGAGAAAGUCUUGACCAGAGGAGGCUACUUCCAGCCCUAAAUAGCACCUUCUACAGACAAGGCUGCAGGCCGAGAGAAAUAAAGCAAAGCAGGAGCCUUGGAUCCUGAGCAUCCUCAAAGUGUAGCGUAGAAGCCUUACUUCCUUUUCUUGUGUAAAGGAUUUGUUUUUGUCAAAUUGCAAGAAACAUCAGGCACUACAGUGCAUGAACACUCUUUUACAAUUAGCAGUUGAGAAGGCCUUCGGUAUAGAAAGGAGCUCAGAAGUCAUUGCAGCCCUCUGACUCUCCUGUGUCAUGUUUUAUUUCUUACCUUUAAUUUUUCCAACUUUUCCACCAUGGGGGUUCAGGCUCUCCACACUCUUCACAAUUAUCUCUUGGUUAGAGGACACGGAUAGCAACCAGGUUUACAUGUACUGUGUUGCUUAUUCUGACCUAUGGGUUUAGGUAAUCAGUAACCAUAACCCAUGAAGCCAUGACCACCAAACAUCUCAAAUGAAAUAUUGUAGCCAUCAGAGAUUCAAAGGGAAGUAAGGAUUUUACAAGACAUUAAAAAAAAUUGUUUGGCCAAAAUAUAAUGUUUAUAUUUUUUUGAGUUUCCUUAACAAUAUUCUUUUUCAAGCCAGAAUCCUCUAAGUCUUGCUAGUACAAGGUGGUCUUGUGAAGAAAAGUUAAAUACUGUUUUGUUUUGUUUUCAUCUCAAGGGGUUCCCUGGGUCUUGAACUACUUUAAUAAUAACUAAAAAGCCACUUCUGGUUUUCCUCCAGUGUUGUGCUUUUGGUGAAAGAAUUAAUGAACUUCAGUAUCUGAAAGUGAAAGAUUUGAUUUCGUUUCCGUCUUCUUUAAUCUUCCAAAGAAUUAUAUCUUUGCAAAUCUCUCAAUACUCAAUCUACUGUAAGUACCCAGGGAGCCUAAUUUCUUUUAAAAAAAUCUGUCCAUUUAUUUUUCUCUUACCUGAUUUUUGUGUUAGAAUAAAUUCCUGAAAUUAGACUCCAAGCAUAUGAACGAUGCCUAAAGUUGAUUCUAUGCCCCUUGGAUCCAGACAGCAUAAUGAGUACAGGUUUAUGAAACUCUGAAAGUUUCUGUUGCAUUUAAAAAGGAACAUGCGGUAUAUUUCUCUCUGGCUGUUUAGAUAACCCUUUCCUUGUAUUAACUGCGAGCACAGGGCUCACUGGUCGGGGAGGUUCUGAAACUCCCUGCCCUCCUGUGGCUGAAUGAAGGUGUUGCAGACUUGCACAAAGGAGGUUAUUUUUCUGACAGCAUCAAUUUUUGGAGAUGAUUACUUUUCAUCUUUCCAAUUCAAUUACUUGACAGUCUCCUUCCCUAGUAUGGUAAAGUUUAAGAGUCACCAGUAAUUGUGCUUUUCAGACAGUGGUGCAGCUUCAAGAUUGAGGCUAUCACCCAGCUGAUGGGCUUGGAGAAACUUGCAAUGUCCUGCCCAUUUCCUGCCCCCUUAGUCACUGCCCAUUUCCUCCCCCUUUAGUCACUGCCCAUUUCCUGCCCCUUUGGUCGCUGACACAUCUUCACCCAAAGUGCCAUGGUUCUGAUGGUGGCAGUUCCAUCUCCCUGACACCAGGAAUCUUUUCUGGAUCAGAGCAGAGCUGGGCCUGCCUGUCCUCCUGUCACUGGAUUUCUUUCUCUUAUAAUAAUCAGCUGAAACAGAGUUUCCAAAGAACAGUAAACUCAGGUUCACAGGUAUUAUGGAAUAAGAAUGGUUUUAUAGUUUGGCUUUUCUAUAUAAUGCCUCCCACUCAAACUGAAAUAUUCAGUUUUUUUAGUGGAGUAUUUGACUAGAGGGGAGGGGAGGGAAGGCAGAAAUACAGUCUACCCUGGCUUUUAUAAAUGUAAAGCUAAUUUCCAACCAGACCCCAAAUAGUACAGGUUGAACAUUCCUGAUCCACCAAUCCAAAACUCCAAAUGCUCCAAAAUCUUGAACUUUUUGAGUUCCAACAUUAUGUCAGAAGUGGAAAAUUUUAAACCUGACCUCAUUUGACAGGUCGCAGUGCAAUCAAAACUUUGUUCCAUGCACAAGAUUAUUAAAAAUAUUGUAUAUAAUUACCUUCAAGCUAUGUUGUAUAAGGUCUGUGUAAAACAUAAUAGGAUUUUGUGUUUAGAUGUGGGUCUUACUCCCAAGAUAUCUCUCAUACAUACAAAAAUCCCCAAAUCCAGAAAAAUUUGAAAGACUUCUGGUCCCACACAUUUUGGACAAGGGAUAUUUGAUCUAUAUCUAAUUAUAUAAUAGGACAAUUUUUUUUUUUUUUUAGAUGGAUUUUCGCUCUUGCCGCCCAGGCUGCAAUGGCCCAAUCUCAGCUUGCUGCAACCUCCUCCUCCCUAGUUCAAGCAAUUCUCCUGGCUCAGCCUCCAAAGUAGCUGGGAUUACAGGCAUGUGCCGCCAUGCCUGGCUAAUUUUUGUACUUUUAGUAGAGAUGGGGUUUUGUCAUGUUGGUCAGACUAGUCUUGAACUCCUGACCUCAGGUUAUCCUCCUGCCUCGGCCUCCCAAAAUGUUUGGAUUACAGGUGUGAGCCACUGUGCCCGGCAGAAAAUGUAUUUUCUUUCUCAGGAAUACUUUUAAAAAGACUGAAGGGCGAGGAAAAAAAAACAUCCUGGAGAAGAGAACCCUUUAAAACUUCAAAUAUUUAUCUGUGGGAACGAUUUUUCCUGAUUUUCCCUUUUUUAACAUCAUGGCAAAGAUGGAUUUUUUUUUGCCAGAUGGCCUGAUAAGUACAUAACUAAUGUAUUUCCACUUAAGACUUUAGGUUUGUUUUGAAUACUUAAUAUAAACUAAAGGAGGAAAGUCAACCUAAAAUAAUUUAAACUUAAAAUUAUAUGAACAAUUCAAUAAGACAUUGUGGAUUUUUUCUAUAGAUAAUAUAUUUGAUGCAGAACUUGAGUAUAUGGAAACAUGAUUUUGAUUUUUAAAAUCUAAAAAAAAAAAUAAAAUCAUGCUUCCCUCUAUUGCAAUAUCAGUUAUUUAGUCACAGAGCAGGGUAUGUUUUCAUUGAUUAGAAGGAAAGUUUGAAACUUCUGAUUACCUUUAUGUUGGUUUCUCUUAUUAUUUAUCUCUUGCUAGAUCUGCUAAACCAACCCAGCCUGCUCAGCGAUCCCAUAUUAAAGCAACGUAUAGGCAAUCCACAUCUUUCUUUCCCUUUGAAGUAUAGCUAUUGGAUGGGAUGAGGGACAGGGCCUGGCACUGCGUGGGCACAUGCUUACAAGCUCAUCUUGUGCAUAGAAUCCCUGCCUGUUAAUCACGGACCUCUUUAUACAUUCAACAUAACCACUGUCGUAGAAAAUAGAUAAGCUUCAGCUGGGUUGGCUUUCGAUAGUGGAAAAAGCCACAAGUUUACUUUUUAUGGCCAAAAUUCCUUGUUGACAACUGUGAUAUUCUGAUAUGAUUUGGAAAUAUGUAUGUGUACAGAACCUGCCUCCUGUAAAAGCACCUUUGAGAUAGAUGAUGAAAGUCAUUUUUAAGGCAAAUACUUACCAUGUGACGUUUUGUUAACAAGUGCAUCAGUAGUAGAGCUGGUAUGUUGUUUUACAGGAUGGAAACAUUGAAGAGUCCAGAGAAAAAUAAAUUUUAAAGAACUUGGAAAACAUAAGGUAAACAUGAGAUUUCAGCAUAAAAUCUUUGGUAUGAAGUGAGAGAGAGAAGAGGGAGGCUGGUGCUCUUGCUCCUAAUGAUAGGCUGUGUCCUUCUUCUUGGUGUUGGCAGUAUUAAUUCUGUCAGUAUUAUAAAUGCGUGGUUGACAUAUCUUGUCAGAUGUACCAACAUUAUCGAAAGUAUUCAUGUUAGUCUCAUAUGCCAACAGAAAAGUUCUUCCUUAUGUAAUAUCUCUUUACCUCAGUCCUACGUUUUGAUUCUCUGGAGGAGAUUUUAGCUUGUCUUCAAAAGCCAAAUGUGAAGUCACUAAGCCUGGUGAACCUGAUGGGGCAACUUUUUGAACAGCUUUUCUGGAAGGAGGAGCUUCAGUUGAAAGGCUUUUGAUCACUUCAGCCCGGGACAUGGCCUUCAGAUGGCUCAUUCUCAGUAAAGCUUUAUGUAGACUGUGACACUGUAUAUGUGUGACUCAUAAAACUUUGAUGCAUUUCUGAAGUAGUUUAUUCAUAUUUGUUAUUAGACAGCUUCUUUGUGGAGAUGCAACUUUUUUACUAAAAACAUUGCUUACUUGUAAUGCAAUGCAUCAUAAAUAGGUUAUGUAUAUUCUUUGUAUUAGUCUUAGCCUAAUGAACUUAAUUAUGUUUCUUUCUGUAUUCUCUGCCUCCUCAAGUAGCGUCUGCAGCAAUUGGAAUGAGAAAUCCAGAUAUGCGUUUCAAGUAGUACGUUGCCUGAAUCACAAAUCACUUGAUCACAAUAUUGUACAUAAUUCUUGAUCCUAUUUGUUGCAUUUUAUUGUAAAUUCCCAUUUGCAUCAAAACCUAAUGAUCGUGAUUAAUAAGUAAAAACAAAUGGUGUAUUGCUUUUCAUACAA